GGAACGACGGUCCUUUUUGAGCCUCCGGGACUCCGUACAAAAACAACAAUGGCGUCUUCGUUGGAAGUACACGUCCAAAUUUGCGGACAAGAAAUUGUGAAAUAUGACCUGGAGAUAAAGGCUCUAAUUCAGGACAUCAGGGAUUGUCCCGGACCUCAGUCCGCUCUCACAGAGUACAACGCUCAAGUCAAAGAAAAAUUCAACAUGCUGAGGGGCAGGAUACAGGAUCUGGAGCAGAUGGGCAGAGAGCAGGACAAAGAGUCGGACAGGCUGGCCAUCAUCGCAGAGACAGAGAGCCACCGGCGGCAAAUGCUGAGCAACCAGACAGCAUGGAGGAAAGCCAACCUGGCUUGUAAACUUGCCAUAGACAAUCUGGAGAAGGAAAUGCUGCUGGGUGGUGGAGAAAACCAAAGCACCAGGCAGAGGAAGGUGACAAAAGAAACUCUGGUGGAAACCAGCAGCAACAUCACAGACAGCCUGAUGUCCAUCAGCAGGAUGAUGGCUGAACAGGUCCAGCAGAGUGAGGACACCAUCAGCACUCUGGCCACUUCCUCCAGGACGGUGCUGGAAACCAACGAGGAGUUUAAAAGCAUGACGGGAACCAUUCACCUGGGCAGGAAGCUGAUUCUUAAGUACAACCGACGAGAGCUGACCGACAAGCUGCUCAUCUUCCUGGCCGUGGCCCUCUUCCUCGCCACGGUCCUGUACAUCCUCAAGAAGCGUCUCUUCCCUUUUAUCUAG